AUGGCCAUUGGUAAAAGACUAUUGGUGAACAAACCGGCAGAAGAAUCAUUUUACGCUUCCCCCAUGUAUGAUUUUCUAUAUCCAUUUAGGCCAGUAGGGAACCAAUGGCUGCCAGAGUACAUUAUUUUUGUAUGUGCCGUGAUAGUGAGAUGCGCAAUUGGACUUGGUCCAUAUUCUGGAAAAGAUAGUCCACCGUUACACGGUGAUUUUGAAGCUCAAAGGCACUGGAUGGAAAUUACACAGCAUCUCCCACUUUCCAAAUGGUACUGGUAUGACUUACAGUAUUGGGGAUUGGACUAUCCGCCACUGACAGCUUUUCACUCGUGCCUUUUUGGUCUAAUUGGAACCUUCUUCAAUCCAUCUUGGUUUGCUCUUGACAAGUCUCGCGGUUUUGAGUCCCCUGAUAAUGGCUUGAAAACGUACAUGCGUUCCACUGUCAUAAUUAGCGACAUAUUGUUUUAUUUCCCCGCGGUCAUAUAUUUUACCAAAUGGCUUGGUAGAUACCGCAACCAGUCACCAAUAGGGCAGUCUAUUGCCGCUGCAGCGAUUUUGUUCCAGCCUUCCUUAAUGCUGAUUGACCACGGGCACUUCCAAUACAAUUCUGUCAUGCUCGGUCUCACUGCUUACGCCAUUAAUAACUUGUUAGAUGAGUAUUAUGCUAUGGCUGCGGUGUGCUUUGUUCUGUCUAUCUGUUUCAAACAAAUGGCACUGUAUUAUGCACCAAUUUUUUUUGCAUAUCUAUUAAGUCGAUCAUUACUAUUCCCCAAAUUCAACAUAGCGCGGUUGACAGUUAUUGCUUUUGCAACACUUGCGACUUUUUCCGUAAUACUUGCGCCACUUUAUUUCCUAGGAGGAGGGUUGAGAAAUAUUCAUCAAUGCAUUUACAGAAUAUUUCCUUUUUCCAGAGGUAUUUUCGAAGAUAAAGUUGCAAAUUUCUGGUGUGUCACAAACAUAUUUGUGAAGUACAAGGAUAGAUUUACUAUACAACAACUCCAGCUAUAUUCACUGGUUGCGACCGUAAUUGGCUUUCUGCCAGCCAUGAUCAUGACAUUGUUACAUCCGAAGAAGCACCUUCUCCCAUAUGUGUUAAUUGCCUGUUCUAUGUCCUUUUUCCUCUUUAGUUUUCAAGUUCACGAGAAGACUAUUUUGGUCCCACUUUUGCCUAUCACUUUACUGUACUCUUCUACUGAUUGGAAUGUUCUAUCUCUGGUAAGUUGGAUAAAUAAUGUCGCACUGUUCACUUUGUGGCCAUUACUAAAAAAAGAUGGUCUUCAUUUACAAUAUACUGUGUCUUUUUUACUAAGCAACUGGCUCAUUGGAAAUUUCAGCUUCAUCACACCAAGAUUCUUACCCAAGUCCUUAACUCCUGGUCCUUCUAUCAGUAGCAUUAACAGCGAUUACAGAAGAAGAAGCCUGCUGCCUUAUAAUGUGGUAUGGAAAAGUUUUAUCAUAGGAACAUAUAUCGCCAUGGGCGUUUAUCAUCUCUUAGAUUUAUUUGUAGUACCUCCAUCUAAAUAUCCGGACCUGUGGGUGCUGUUAAAUUGUGCUGUCGGGUUUACUUGCUUCAGCAUAUUUUGGAUAUGGUCUUACUACAAAAUAUUCACUUCCGGUAAUAAAUCAGUGAAGGACCUGUAA